AUGGAAGCUUUUGCACAGAAGCAGCGUGAAUUCAUUGAAGAAAUGGCGGACAGAGAUAAAGUAAUGCGUGAGCAGUUCGUUGCUCGAGUCAACAAAAAGGAGGAAGAGAUGAAGCGGCGUGAAGAACUGUUGAACUUACGAACCAAAGAAAUCAAUGAUAAUUUCGAGGACGAAUUGCGCCGCAUCGAGUCACAGAUGCAUACUUUGAGGGAGGAGAAGGCAAAGCUAGAAUCGAAAGCAGCCGGGAAAAAGGCCAAAAAAUGA